AUGUCGUCUUCGACAGGUCCCGAGAACGAGAACGAUGCUUACGAACCUGCGACGACCUCACACUCAUCGCCCAGGCCGCGAAAAGCCGGCAUCGGGGCCCUGCUUGCGCUGGUUCUGCUCGUGAACCUGGCCGCCAGCUUGUACCAGCUUCCCCUGAGCAGGGUCAUCGAACGCCGCCUUUGUCGUGAGCACUAUCUUGUCGCGGACCCAUCAGUCGUCGACCGAGAUGGCAACGUCCAAGAACGCCUAUGCAAGGUCGACAGCGUCCAGCAGGGCCUAGCUUGGAUCCAGGGAACGAUGGAGACGGCGUGGAUUGUGGGUGACUUCGUCAUGACAAUUCCGCUGGGCUUCCUCGCCGAACGGUAUGGGCGGCGCACCAUUCUCUGUCUCAAUCUUAUACCGCGUAUCGUCAUGCCAGCAUGGGCCGUUGUCGUUGGUUAUUUUGAGCAGACACUGCCAACGAAGGCCAUUGUUGCAUCGCCAUUUCUGUCCGUACUAGGUGGAGACUGUGUCUUCAACUCCAUCACAUACGCGAUUGCAUCUGGCAUGACUGACGAUCAUGUCCGGCGCGCUACAUACUUUGGCUGGAUGAGCUCGGUCUCCUACGUUGUCAAUUUGCUGGGUCCCGCCCUUGCAUCAGCUUCUAUGAGUCUACUUCUAUGGCUACCAUUUUGGAUUGGUGUUUCCCUGCUCCUCUUCGCCAUCCCCGCCAUAUCUCUCAUGGACAACGCAUCCGUGAACCACUCUCACUCCUCAAUAUCACGUGUCGCGGACGACCAAGCGAGACCUCUGCUGUCGUCUCCUGUUUUAAAGGCGCGGGACGCCAACACCUCUCUACUGCGGUCCAUCAUCCAACGAUUUGGCGUCUUACGGUCCGUCAUCGCGAGUCAUCCACGAAACAUGACUCUCCUGCUCGUCAGCUUCGUCCUCACGUCUCUUGCGAGCUCCGACACCAAGCUGCUGGUCCAAUACAUCUCAAAGCGAUAUGGUUGGACAUUUGCUUCAACAGGCUACCUCUUAUCCGCAAAAGCCGUGGUUAAUUUCACACUACUGACUGUCAUUAUCCCCGCGGUUCUACGCUCGAGCCAAAAGAAGUCGCGGCAUGUACAGCCUGAACUUGCCAGUCAUCAGAUGAACAUGCAUUAUGCCAACAUCUGCUUGGGAGUCUCGAUUCUUGGUGCUCUGGCUAUAGCCCUUGCCACGCAGAUCUGGUUGCUGGUCCCGUCGUUGUUUCUCUAUGCUCUCGGUUCUGCGCUCCCGGUGUUCACCCUCUCGCUGCUCAAAUCACCUUUUAUCGCCCCCAAGCGUAACGAGCAGACAGGCGAUGACGUGGACCCCGAAUCUCACAUCUUUUCUAUUGUCAUGAUGGUCAAGACGUCGGGAUCACUGCUGGGAGCACCUCUGAUGAUGGUGCUUUGGGUUCGGGCCAUCUCACUGGGAGGCGCUGCGUUGGGAAUCCCGUAUUUUGUCUCUGCUAGCUGUUAUCUUGCUGCUCUGUUUGUACUCUCAAAACUAGCGGUCAACUAG